CGUCGGGAUUAUCCUUAUCUGCCUGGCAAUCCUGUGGGGGCGCCGCGGCGUGCAUUCGGUGCCGGGUGAGGGCGUUAGGGGCGUCGUCGUCACCGUCUGCUUCGUGUUCAUCGUCCUCCUUAUCCCUCGGUCUCGCUAUAGGUUUGGUCAGCAGACACGACGUGACCUGACGUGAAGCCGACGCGACGCGGACGCCCCUCUCCCGCUUGGCUGAGCUCCGGUUGCCGUAUAGACUCAAGCUCUGUAGCCAUGGCCGCCGCUACGUCCGCGUCUUCGCUUACCGCCCAGUUCGUGGGUCUCAAUGCCAAGAGCCUGCAGUCGUCCAAGGCUUCGCUGAGCGGCAGGUCCCUCUGCGCGGGACCGGCCAUGCCAGCCAAGGCCGCGACGAGGAUUGUCGUGUCGUGCAAGGCGGAGUCGAGCGCGGAGGCAACCACGUCGCGCAGGGCCGCCAUCCUGUCGCUCACCUCGGCCGCUGCUGCCGUUGCCGCCCUCACUCUUCAGCCCAACUCCGCCGAGGCCGCGUACGGCGAGGCCGCCAACAUCUUCGGCGCAGUCAAGAAGAACACCGACUACAUCCCCUACGCUGGAAAGGGUUUCCGUGUCGACAUUCCCUCCAAGUGGAACCCCUCUCCUCAGAAGGAGUUCGAGGGCACUGUCCUUCGCUAUGAGGACAACGGCGACUCUGUCUCCAACUUCGCCGUGAUCAAGAACACUGCUGAGGGCAAGUCGAAGAUCGAGGACUUCGGCUCUACCGACGACUUCCUCAACAAGUACUCCUACCUGCUGGGAGAACAAUCUUACGCCGGCGCGACGCGCUCGGAAGGAGGGUUCGAUAAGAACAAGGUUGCGGCGGCCAACGUUUUCGAGAAGGAGGCCAAGACUGUCGGUGGAAAGACCUACUACGCCUACGAGCUGUUGACGAGGUCGGCCGAUGGAAACGAGGGAGGAAGGCACCAGUUCAUCACUGCUACCGUGAACAAUGGCGAGCUGAUCAUCUUCAGGGCGCAAGCUGGAGAGAAGAGAUGGUUCAAGGGCGCGGAGAAGACCAUCAGGGAGCUCGUCGCAUCGUUCUCUGCUGCCUAAGUAAGCAACCCGAACCCAGUUCAACGAGGCGCGCAGCUAGCGCAACGGGCGUCCUCCGCUUCCGACUGCCGUGCACGUGUGCGGCGGCUGGGAUCCGCCAAGUCUAGCGCAGACAUCCCGUAGCUCAUGGCUAUCCAACGUUUCGUAUCGGUUCGGGGGCCGUUCGAUCGGUUUCGUGUCGUCGGUACGUCGAUCGGACGGACGAACGGCUAGCUGAGCCCCAACCAGCCGAACCCGGCGGGAAGCCCAGUCUAAACCCGCCCAGCGCGGGCGCAUGUCGCGCCUAGUAUAUGUUCAGAUUCCAUUCUCCUGAAGAGACGGUAAUUAACCGGCGUGUGGCCGUUCACACGUGUGCAUGGCCGUCUGUGGAGCGUGCGUGCGGAGGUGGGUGGUUGCGUGCUUUCGUUCGUUGGUUUGUCAAGGAUGUCCGCUGUGCUGUUACAUGGCGCAUGUAAUUAUUUAUUUGUAGAGCGAGAGAGAGAGAGAGAGAGAGAGAGAGAGAGAGAGAGAGAGAGAGAGAGAGAGAGAGAGAGAGAGAGAGAGCUAUGUGGGUAGUUGACUGCUGCUGGUUCAAAGUCCGGCACCAGGCAUGCAGGUGGUUUUGCUACGAACACGAGCUUGUUUCCAUUCUCAAUCUGAACCGUCGGUCUCCGACUUCGAGCUUGUGCAUGUGUCGCUCCCUGGUUGUUGGACGUUAAGCCCUUGACCUUCACCGCCUCUUUUGAAUUGGUUUGGUGUUACGUUUGGACACUGACUAUGCUUGUGUGUGUUUGGAGGAGUUGGUCAUGGCAGGGGUCCCUGUGGGCGGUAGGAAGGGGGACGUUAUGAUGGCGCAGCUUGGGGACGCGGAGGAUUGGGCAGCAAUCACCUGAGGAGUGACUUGGACUGAAGGCGGCGUCAUUGGCGAAGGCGCCAUGACAACUGCCACUGAAGAAACAGCGCGUAAAGAGGCCGGGGGGCGUUGGGCGGGGAAGAGUGGGCGCCGUGGGCAACGCUGCUUGGGCGGUUGGGGAAGUAGGGGAGGUGGGGCCCGAGGCAUGGUGGGGGGCGAGAGUGGUCUGUUCUCAGAUUCGAACCAACUUACACCAGCUGCGGCAGGUGGGAGCGGGAGGAGGGUGGGUAGGUGGCACGGGCGCCUUCCUUGCCAAGAGUGGAAAUCCAAAACAAUUUAAUCUGCAAAUAAUUCCAAAUGACCAUGUUCUCCCCGAAGCUCAAGCGGGUGAAAUGGAGAAGAGGAAGCUGUGAAGGAAAAUAAGUAGAAAACGAAACGAAGUCGUCAAAUUUAACACAAAAGGCCCUUUCUUCACGGCGUAAGAUCCUGUUCCUGGCGACCAUCGCGAAAGGGCGGGAGCCAUUCAGCACGACUUGGUCUGGCAGCACUUCGUCAUAUAUGAGGUAGGGUGCUGACGACAUGCACUCCCGGGUUUCAAUUAGCAGUAGCUUGCGGGUGCGAGUGUUUCCACAUCCGAUACCCUGCUAGUGUUUCCACAUCCGAUACCCUGCUAGAAAAGUAGGGCGUCAAAUCCCCCCGUUCCCCCCGUAUGGGAUUAUCAGAUGCGCUGCAAUGUGGCCAAAGUGCGACAACGCUUACUGUGCAGGGCCGGUAUAGUAUCUGUUCUGAUCAGUUUAAUAUCUGAUUGAAAAAAAAAAAAAAAAUUAAAAAAAAAAAACGUAAGAGCCGGACCACGAAGAAAAGAUCCCUGUUUGGCGGGUGAUCUUCGGAUUGCAAUGUAUGGACGAGGGAAACAGAAUGAAACAGAACGGAAGUA